UUCUUGUUUCUCACGUUACUUUUCUUUAAAGAAAGCUUAAGCUUAAACAUAAUAAUCCUCAUAUAUGAUCAACGAAGAAUUUGUACGUCAUUGCCCUCUGUAUAAUCACAAAUCAAAAUCCUCCGUUAUUCAUCCAUCAAUGGCGAAUAAUCAUGAAGAUGAUGAGCGAAAACAAGCGGCGAGAAGCCGGGUUCCCUUCUCCGAACUCAGCCAAGUCAGCUCGGAUUUAGCCAUAGCAAUGGCGUUACAAGAACAAGAGAGGGAUUUUAACAUCUUCGAAAGUGAAAGCAGCGAUGUCGAUGAUCAAGCCGACGAGGAAAUUGCUUCCAAUGGGGAAGAAUUUGAGAAUGAUUACGAAUACUUCGAAGUCGAGGGGCAAGAUAACAACUCCGAGGGCGAUGAUGCAAUGGAGGAAGAUGAAGAAGAAGAAGAAGAAGAUGAUGGUAUCGAUGUAGACGAAUUAACAUACGAAGAGCUGAUUGCAUUGGGGGAAUUCAUCGGAGAAGAAAAAAGAGGAUUAUCGUUAAAUGAAAUAGAAAAAUGUUUGCAUCCAUGGAAGGGCUCGUUCGAGAGCAAAUCGAAGGAAACAGAUCUCUGUGUCAUUUGUCAAGUUGAAUAUGAAGAAGGUGAAGCAGUGGUGGCGCUUCCAUGUGAACAUCCUUAUCAUUCAGAAUGCAUAACCGAUUGGCUUCAAGUGAAGAAGAUUUGCCCCAUCUGCAGCACUGAAGUUUCACCAUCUCCUUCGCUAGUUAAUUAGGGCAUUUAUUAUUAUUAUUAUUUCUCUAAUCUUCUCAAUUUAUUUGGCUGUAAAUAUUUGUGAUCAAAUUCUUUAACUCUGUACUGUUAAUUUGUAAUUAAAUCAAACCCACAAACAAUAAAUUUAAUUAUGCAAA